AUGCGGACAGCAGGCAUGUCUGUGCUGUCUCUUUGCUGGCAUCCAGGACCCGGCACCCAGCACCCACAGGAGGACCCAGCACCCGGCACUCAGCACCCGGCACCCACAGGAGGACCCAGCCCCUGGCACCCACAGGAGGACCCAGCAUCUGGCACCCAGCCCCCAGCACCCACAGGAGGAGCCGGCACCUGGCACCCACAGGAGGACCUAGCACCUGGCACCCAGCCCCCAGCACCCAGCACCCGGCACCCACAGGAGGACCCAGCACCUGGCACCCACAGGAGGACCCGGCACCUGGCACCCACAGGAGGACCCGGCACCUGGCACCCACAGGAGGACCCAGCAUCUGGCACCCAGGCCCCGGCACCCACAGGAGGACCCGGCACCUGGCACCCACAGGAGGACCUAGCACCUGGCACCCAGCCCCCAGCACCCAGCACCCGGCACCCACAGGAGGACCCAGCACCUGGCACCCACAGGAGGACCCGGCACCUGGCACCCACAGGAGGACCCGGCACCCAGCACCCAGCGCCCACAGGAGGACCCAACACCUGGCACCCAGCCCCUGGCACCCACAGGAGGACCCAGCAUCUGGCACCCAGCCCCCGGCACCUACAGGAGGACCCGGUACCCAGCACCCAGCCCCUGGCACCCACAGGAGGACCCGGCACCUGGCACCCACAGGAGGACCCAGCACCUGGCAGCAGUACCUGGCACCCACAGGAGGACCCGGCACCCAGCACCCAGCCCCCGGCACCCACAGGAGGACCUGGCACCUGGCACCCACAGGAGGACCCAGCCCCCGGCACCCACAGGAGGACCCAGCAUCUGGCACCCAGCCCCUGGCACCCACAGGAGGACCUGGCACCUGGCACCCACAGGAGGACCUAG